AUGAAAAAUGGAUUUUUAGUUGUGAGAUCUGGAACUUGUUUGCAAGUUGGAUGUAAAAAUGGAGGAACCUGUAUAAAAAAGAGUAACGGAUUAUCAUAUUGCAAUUGCAGUUCAAGAUUCGUUGGAGAUUAUUGCGAAGAUCCAAAUCCCUGCUUUACAGGCCACCUUCGUUGCCAGAACAGUGGAACGUGCCAACCUUCAUAUCGGAACGAUCGUCUAGGUAUAUCCUGCAUUUGUCCAAUUGGUUUUACGGAAUCACUGUGUGAAAUAAAAGUUCCUAACGCUUGCGAUUCUUCUCCAUGUCACAAUGGAGGGACGUGCAAUUUAAAAACUCUUGAAGAGUAUUCUUGUUCUUGUUCAAAUGGUUAUACAGGCGAACAUUGCGAAGUACAAAAUCUGUGUGCCACCCAACCGUGUCGUAAUGGAGCUACGUGCACUUCUUCAGGAAAAGGCAGUAGUUUUAAAUGCUUAUGCCCAAAAGGUUUUAAAGGCCAUACCUGCUCUGAAGAUAUUGAGGAAUGCAAAGCAAACCCUUGCAAGCAUGGAGGAACUUGCUUAAACACUCAUGGAUCUUAUCAGUGUAUGUGCCCUAGCGGAUACACUGGCAAAAAUUGUGAAUCAAAAUAUAUUCCUUGUACGCCUUCGCCGUGUCUAAACGGAGGUUCAUGUUUAUCUAGUAAUUCCCUUAAAUAUGAAUGUAAAUGUCCGUCUGGUUAUCAAGGAAAGAAUUGUGAAGAAAAUAUUGAUGAUUGUCCAGGAAAUUUAUGUCAAAAUGGUGGCACUUGUGUUGACGGAAUCAAUUCUUAUCGUUGCAGUUGCCCAGCACAGUUUACAGGCGAAUUAUGCGAAACCGAUGUAGAUGAAUGUGCUUUAAGGCCAUCAGUUUGUCAAAAUGGUGCAACUUGUACUAACACUUACGGAUCGUAUUCUUGCAUAUGCGUAAAUGGUUGGGAAGGUACAGAUUGUAGUAAGAAUAUUGAUGAUUGUGUUGCCGCCGCCUGUUUUAAUGGAGCUACUUGUAUUGAUGGGGUUGGUUCAUUUUAUUGUCGCUGUACACCUGGAAAAACUGGUUUAUUGUGCCACUUAGAUGAUGCAUGCACUUCUAAUCCAUGUCAUUCUGAUGCUAUUUGUGAUACGAGCCCAAUAAAUGGUUCAUAUACGUGCUCAUGUGCAACAGGAUUUAAGGGAGUAGAUUGUUCUGAAGAUAUUGAUGAGUGUGAUCAGGGUUCACCCUGCGAACACAAUGGUGUAUGUGUUAAUACUCCAGGUUCAUUUAUGUGUAACUGUUCGCAAGGUUUCACUGGUCCACGAUGUGAAACCAACAUAAAUGAAUGUGAAUCACACCCGUGCCAAAAUGAAGGAAGUUGUUUAGAUGACCCAGGAACUUUUCGAUGUGUUUGUAUGCCUGGUUUCACUGGCACGCAAUGUGAAAUUGAUAUCAAUGAAUGUCAAUCCUCUCCCUGCUUAAAUGAUGGUAAUUGUCGUGACAUGAUUAACGGUUUUAAAUGUUCUUGUGCACUUGGUUUUACUGGACCACGUUGUCAAAUAAAUAUCGAUGAUUGUCAAUCUCAACCAUGUCGAAACAAUGGCAUUUGUCGUGACUCUAUUGCGGGAUAUACAUGCAAUUGUCCACCCGGCUAUACAGGACUAUCAUGUGAAAUAAAUAUCAAUGAUUGCGACUCUAAUCCAUGUCACCGUGGAAAAUGCAUCGAUGGAGACAAUUCUUUUGAAUGUGUUUGUGAUCCAGGUUAUACAGGCUAUCUUUGUCAAACUCAAAUAAAUGAAUGUGAAUCGAAUCCUUGUCAGUACGGUGGACAUUGCAUAGAUCGCAUAGGAUCGUAUAUAUGCCAGUGUUUGGCUGGUACAUCCGGUAAAAACUGUGAAAUAAAUGUAAAUGAAUGUCAUAGCAAUCCUUGCAACAAUGGAGCUACUUGUAUUGACGGGAUCAAUAUGUACACUUGUAACUGUGUUCCCGGAUUUACAGGAGUACAUUGCGAAAUUAAUAUAAAUGAAUGUGCUUCGAACCCGUGUGCUAACAGUGGCGUGUGUAUGGAUUUGGUAAACGGAUAUAAAUGCGAGUGUCCACGUGGCUUCUUUGAUCCAAGAUGUUUAAGUGAUGUUGAUGAGUGUGCAUCGAAUCCAUGCACAAACGAUGGAAGAUGUGAAGACGGCGUAAAUGAAUUUAUAUGUUAUUGUCCGCCUGGCUAUACUGGUAAGCGAUGCGAAAUUGAUAUUGACGAAUGUAGUUCAAACCCUUGCCAACAUGGUGGACUUUGUAUUGAUGAAUUAAACUACUUUAAGUGCCAAUGUAUGCCUGGUUAUACAGGAUAUAAGUGUGAAACUAACAUUGAUGACUGCGUUAAUAUGCCCUGUGCAAAUGGUGGCACCUGUAUUGAUAAAGUAAAUGGCUAUAAAUGUGUAUGUAAAGUUCCAUUUACAGGUUUGGAUUGCGAAUCGAAGCUUGAUCCUUGUUCCACAAAUAGGUGUCCUAUGACUUUCAAUAUACGGCGCAACAUUGAUAACACAGAUCAAUAUUGUUCAUUUUUGAAAAAAUGA